UUCGAGGGAAAACAUAAUAUUUAGAUAAGCAGUAAAAAGAUGAAAAUCUCUGUGCUGGGCGCUACUGGUCCAUCGGGGGUACAGACAGUGUUAGAGGCCUUGGGGAGAGGAUACAACGUCGUGGCCCUGGUGAGGAACCCAGAUAAAUUGAAUGUGAAGGACGAUAAACUACAGGUAUGUAAAGUGGACAUCUUUAAAGGGGGUGAAUUGGCCCCACAUUUCGAGGGAUCUGAUGCUGUUGUAUCGUGUUUAGGAGGGUCCGGUGGGGGCUCUUUGUUCGGGAGGAACAAAUGUACCCUCUACACGGACUCUAUCAGGAGUAUAGUGGGGGCGAUGAGGAAAUCGGGAGUGAAGCGUCUAAUAGCCAUGUCAUCCUGGGGUAGCGCAGUGACAGAGGGCGAACCUUUUCUUAUGAAAUGGAUUCUACGACCGUUGUUUAUUGGGAAAGUACUGGAAAAUAUUGGAGAAAUGGAGGACUAUCUAAAUCAGGAAUGCCAAGAUAUCGACUUCACUACAGUCAGAGCUCCAGGGCUCACUAACGGAACUAGUACAGAGAAACCUAUUAAAGCAGAAAAUGGUCGUCAAUUCCUGGAAAACAGCGAAGGGUGGAUCUCCCGGCGAGAUGUGGCGAAGUUCCUCCUAGAUAUUGUCAACGACUCCUCAGUAUACAAAGUUUGUGUCGCUAUUGGCUAUGACAAGAAAAAGUGACCAGAGUUGUCCAUACCCAAAGCUUCAAGGAGUGCCAAGAUUAGCUUCCAUGUGGGCUUGAAUAUGUUUGUUUAUUGUCUUAUUUUCAUUUCCAUGCAUAAUUUUGUAUGUAAUAUUUAUGCAUGUAUGUAUUAUUAACUUCAUUGUUAAGAUUAACAGCAAAAAAGUGUUUGAACUUUGACAAAUCUGAAUGUUAAUGAGUUGAUUGGUACACAGUGUAAAUACUAGUAAUGUAAAGAGAUUACCAUGGUAAAUGCACAUGGACGCAGAAUAUGGUAUAGAUACGCAGUGGUUAUGCUUUCGUGGGCGCCAGAGACACUUUUCACAGACACCAUUGAAUACAAGGAGGGAUGACAGUUUUCAUAUACAGUGUACAUACGUGAUAAAGUAUGAUGAAGUAUGACACUUAAUUAUGAAUACGCAAGGAAUGGCGCUUUUCAAAGACUAUAUAGAACACAGAAAGGGAUGGCGCUUUUCUCUGACGUUUUUGAAUACAGAAAGGGAUGACACUUUUUAAAAACGUCUUUAUGUACUGAAUAUUAAGGAACUGCAGUUUUAUUAAAAAUAGUAUUAUCGCAGAUAAAUUAUUACAUGUAUCUAUUCAUCACACAUAAUGUAUGUUUAAAAACAUAAAGGCUUACAUUUUUAGCGGUAUUUCACUGUGACGUAUAAUAGAUGGUAAACUAUUGUGAAUGGAAUUAUCAAAAUUUGUAGUAAAUUAUUAACAUAUUCGUUCAGUAUUUUUAUAUUUUUU